GAGAGAGAGAGGAGAGAAUCAUAGUAAAAUACCUGUCAGAUAGUCACUAUUUGUCGGGCAAUUUCGAAUACUGAGAAUACUUUUUGCGAUAAGCAAUAUAUUUUUGUCACCUCGAAAAUUACGAGGCGCACCUCACCCACCUCCCCCACCACCCCCACCUACCCGCACAAUAACCACUGAUAAGCAUUGAUAACGAAAAGCUUCUCUCUCUUCAACUCUUCUUGGUGAAGUCGAACACGGGUUUUUCUCUCUCUGACGCUCUCGUUGUCUCACAUCUGCUGGGAGAGGAAAGCAAGCAGGAACACGCAGAGUUUUGCAAACAGCUGUUGCAGCCCAGUGUCAGCUGGAAAGGAAACUACAAAGUGCAACAAAAACAAUUAAUAAUUGUAUAAUAAUUGAAAACAAACCAAAAACAAAAAAAAAAACAACAAGUACAAUGGCCAGAGAUCGAUUACCUGAACUUUUGCAGCGUUCGCUAAGCUCCAAUUCAAACUCAUCUUCGACAAAUGGAUCAUCGCUUCUAUUAAGUGUAUAUAACGGGACAACCGAAGCCAAUAAUCAAAUUACAAGCGCCGACAGCAACAGCGGCGUCAGCGGCAACGCCAGCAGCGGCAGCAAGGAUCGUCAAAGCCUUAAAAUGGCUCAAAAUGGAACAAAUGUGGAUGCCAUACUCAAUCCGUAUACGGAGAUACGAGUUCAACUCUCACAAAUUGCCAGCAAUUUAGAAGCUAUGAAUCGUAUGAGCCAAACCAUCAACCUCAGAACAUUUAGUGAAAAUGAAAUGGAUGAAUUGCAUUCGACAAAUCUACGAUUGUGCAAUCAAUUGAUAAGUCGUUUCAAGGAUUUCAAAGCGAAUCUACCGCCAGAGAAUGAUUACAGCUUGGAGGCACGUAUGAAGCGAACUCUAUUUUAUGGGCUACAUCAGACAUUUCUAAAUCUUUGGCACAAGAAUGAGUCAAUUCUACAAAAUUUUGAGCUAAAAGUAAAGAAAAAUCUUCGAAUGCAUUCGAAAAUAAUUCAUUCAGAAGCCAGUGAACAAGAGAUUGAGCUACUGCUUGAGAAUAAGACAACGAAGCUGUUUGUAGAUAAUAUCCUGCAAGAAACAGAAAAAGAGAGACAAACACUUCGUGAUCUCAUGGAUCGUUUUAAUGAACUACGUAAACUGGAGAAAUCUAUAGAAGAUGUACAUGCUCUAUUUAUGCGUAUCCAGACACUGGUCAUGGAGCAAAGUGAAGUGAUACAAAGGGUCGAGUUUCAUGCCCAACAGGCCACACUUUACACCGACAAAGGAGCCGUCGACUUGGAUAAGGCUGAAAAGCACCAGAAGAAGGCACGCAAGAAAAAAAUAAUGCUCAUUGCCAUACUGGUUGCUGUAGUUAUAGUAUUAUUAUUUGUGGGCAUUUAUUUAUGAUGACUAUUGGGUUAACAAUGCUGCCGCCACAACA